GGAAAGAUACGUAUUUCCGUAUUCCCGCUUGUGUUAUUGACAAAAGGCGUCGGAACCGAUAAAAUUUAGUCAUGGAUGAUGAUGUUGCAGGUGCUACAAUCUCGCAUCUCCGGGAGUUACAAAAGCUAUCAAGAAUCUCAGUGAACGAGGCCGAUGCCCUUGAAAGAGAGUACAGGUGAAGUCCAUAUUUCUUAUAUUGUAUGAGGCGGCCAUCUUCGCACAGGUCCUUGCAAGCUGCGUGUUUUGCCGCGGAAGACGAGGAAAAAGUAUUACUCAGGACCUUACGCCAAAAGCAAAAUGAAGCGCUUGGCGAACGAGUCAGGGUGGAAAGCGCUCUCGAAAAGUCAGAUGCAGAACAACAAGAACUUGAGAUACUACGCGCGGAUCGCGAGCGAGUCGAACAUCAACUCAAUGAGCUUAAGCAGAAUGAAUCAGUAAGUAAAUAUGAGAUCCUCGGGCUAGAACAUAGUCAUGAGGAGUUGACGUCAGCUGCAGAUGUCAUGCUAAAGGAUAACGAUGCUAUGGUCCAACCUGAGCUACGCAGGUUAGAGAGAGAGCUGACACUCGCUAGGGAGGCUUUCCAGAAGCUAAACAACAUGCACAUGCAUGAUACUCAACGCAAGCGCGCAUUCGAAGAAAGGUUACAAAUUCUAGAACAUGAAAAGCAAAAUGCUGUCGCGGAAUCCCAAGGUGCACGGGAAUUGCUGCAGAAAGUCUCUGUCGAACCAGAGCGCAUUCGCAAGCAGACAGAAUGUGUUAAGAAAGCUGUCGAGAAAGUACAGCAGGAAGUAUUGCUGAUUUCCGACAAAAAUAAUCUACGCAGCAAAAAUAUCGCACAAAAGCGAUCCAAGCGCAAAGAAGCCGAGGAAGUGCGCGAUAAUCUUCUUCGUAAGCUCCAGCUUCAUUACGACACCAUUUUGCAUCGACAGCGAGAUGUCGAUGCAGUAAAAAGAAACGUCACCAUUGAGAAAGCACGUGCGCAUCAGCUGGCUGAAGUAAAAUUGAAACUUGAAGUUAAUCGAAAAGAGGUAGACGAGAUUGCGCACCACCAGGCCGAUUCUUUGUGCUCGUUAGAAAAACAGUUGGAAGCCCUUGAUCGCAGGCACACUACUUCAUUGUCUCAAAAAUGACAUGUGCCUAUAUAGGUAUCAAAAGAGAAAAAGGAAAUUAGAUGCAGCAAAUAAAAUUUUACCCACGCUCAAAUCCCGGUUGAUUGGAAAUGAGGAGUCGCUGGCUGCUCAUCUACAGAAAAACAAGGACCUUAGUAGUCAGAUAGAUGCUAUGAGGCAAAAAGUCGAUGUUGGGAUUGCAUGUCUUCUGCAACAGGAGGGUUUUGAAAAGACUAGGCGCUCUGAACUUGAGACUCUCCUAAAAGAAGUUGCGGCCAUGGAGGAUGAAAUUAGCAGUUGGCGUGCUGAAGAAUGCCGACAAAACAAACUUAUUGUAAUUCUGGGUGCACAGCGGGAAAUGAAAGCAAGGGAAGCGACAAGAGCUAGAACAUCAGAGAGAGAGGCGCGAGAGCAGGUCAAGGUCAAGGAGUUGGUCAUUCUUGAUAUGUCGAAGAAGGCCAAUGAAGUCAGAAGCCGCCUCAAAGAGUUUUCUGCGCUCUAUGAUGUUGCCAAAAACGAGAAAAAUAAAUAUAUCAAUCUAGUUCUAUCAUCAAGCCAGACACUUGCUGAAAUGAAAGAAAAAACAAGGAUACUGACGAACGAGGUUAGUGUAGUGUCCAAACUCUUGGAGAGACACUUGAUUAUAGGUUGAGAUCCUACAAAAUGAAUCUGUAGCAAAAGAUAAAGCUCUAGCGAAGGAAAGAGUUCAGCACGCAGCCUCCCAAGCGCAGAGGGACACUCUUCGGCUUAACGUAUGUAAAACGCAGUCACAAUAUUGCAAAAAACAGGACUUCGUUGAUCACCAGAUAAUUGAAAUAGACAAGUGGAAUAUUAUAAUUAACAAGAUAGAAAAAGAUUUGUUGCAACUAAAGGGAUUAUAUGUCAAGGCUGCGGUCAGUCGCAAUACAGUUGGCGUUGCGCUAAUCGACCGGAAUGAUGAGCUAUGCAUCUUGUAUGAAAAAGUCAAUUUACAGGAACAAACAAUAAAAUGCGGUGAGCUCGGAAUACGUCAGAAGGACCGGGAUAUCAGAAUGUUGAAGUUGCAGCUUUCUGAGCUGCAACGCCAGGCGGUGAAUUCAAGGAAACAGCUGCCUCAGGUGCCAGCCUUGGUUGAUACCAUUUUGGAAUUAAGAAGAGCGCUGGAGAAAGAACGCUGCACGACAGAGUCAUUAUGCAGGUGCAUGGAAUCUCCUUCAAACCAUGUUCGAUGGCAUUCUUCUCUUCGAGGAGAUGAUCCAGAUCGGGAGCACCUCCUUGCAAAAAUAGGAGUUCUGGAAGAGCGGUUGAGUCUGAAAAAGGAAACUCUGUUAGAAAACGAAUUGGUCUUAAAAGAAAUCACCAAUCUGACUAGCAAAUUAAGAAACCAACUAAAUAGAGGGCGUGACGUGGCAUUGUGCUCAGCUGUGAGUCUCAAUGAAUUGCAAGCAAAAGUUAGAGACGCCACAAAAAGCAGGAUCCGUGUCUAAAUGUAUUUUCUGGGUGUUGAUAUUUAAUUUUACGUCCUGCCUUCAGGGAUGAUGGCAAUCAUAUCUGAGCUAUCAAUGUAUCAGGCCACUGCAAUGAAGCUACAACAGCAAAAGCACUCAGCCAAAAUAGCUCUCGAAGAAUCCAAGCUGCGCGUCAUGAGGAACGAGCCCCCCACAAAAGACGCCAUUAAUGAGCUCCAUAGACGAGUGCAACGACGCCAUCGUGAUGUACAUGACAUUUCGACUAAUCAAGUCAGGACGACCGCAGAGCCGAGGCCAAAUGCAUACAUCCCUGAUGUUGCCCAUGGACUUGGCGUACCAAAGCCCUACAGCUCCCUUGCUCCAUUCCAUCCAUCUGCGGUGGGCGCAUCUAUGCGCCAUUAUCGCUUGCCAAGCUCGCCGGCUAUUAUUUCCUUGUAGGGAAAAAGAAAAUACUAUCAUCUUUGACAAAACCAAGUUGGAUUCCUACUACUUCCUCCCACUCGUCCUACUUGGACACCCAAAUAGACGUCCAAAAGCGCCUGGAAGAACCCAGCAGAUGUAGGAGUGCAUUUGUGGAGGUCUGAGGGGGUCUGUGGUUACCUAUGACUUCAAACUAAGGCCUUUUUUACACCAUUUUCGAGAAUUUAAGUCCGUUUCACUUGCGCGGGCGGUCAUUCCAACGUCCGCUGGAGCGCACACGUACGUCCUAACGGUCGUCUUUGGUCGAGCGUCCACGUGGCCCGCCAUCGACAUCACCGAAUAUGCUCUCCCGACUGCCCGCGGGUUGACAUGCGGCGACGGACAACUGGUGAACUUCUGGAGGUGCAUCGCUGUGCGCUUGGAUUAGGCGCUUCUCUACCAGCAAUUUGGAGAUCUACAUGCGGUCGCGCGCCGAUUUAGGGCCUCGCAGAGAGCAGCAGCUCUUGGGCACUCGCAAACUGCCGAGACCGUGACGGCCACCUUUCCGCACGCGCGGUUAAGCAUGGCUCGGAUGAGUUCCCAGGACCUCCACGCGCGCCCGGUAGACGGCACGGAAUAGGGACAGCGCGUUUAAAACUGGGUGGCCAAGUAGAGGUCUAUGUCCUUUUCCUUUAGGAUAUUCCUUCCUUGAUUGAUUAUUUAGUAUUUAUUUAAAUUUAU